AUGGCUUCAAUAAGCUUAUUCGAAGCUUCCAUAGCCAUCUUUUGCUUUAUCAUCCUUCACUUCUUCCUUGGGAACUGGCCGGUUCUCGGGAUGCUUCCGGGUCUGCUCUUGGAGUUCCAUCGGAUCUAUGACUUCAGCGUGGAGGUUCUCGAGAACUCUGACUUGACAUUUCCAUUUAAAGGCCCAUGGUUCACUGGUAUGGAUAUGUUGUUCACUGUUGAUCCAACUAAUAUUCAUCAUAUAAUGAGCUCAAACUUCUCCAAUUACACCAAAGGUCCCGAUUUCAAACAAGUGUUUGAUGUUUUUGGAGAUGGGAUACUCACAACAGACGAUUCAGAGUUAUGGAAGAAUCUGAAGAAAGCUUCUCUAGUGAUGCUCAACCAUCAAGGGUUUCAAAAGAAUGGAACGGUGGUGGACUUGCAAGAUGUGUUCAAAAGGUUUAUGUUUGAUACGACUCUAGUGACAGUAACCGGUUCUGCUGAUCCUAGAUCUCUCUCCAUUGAAAUGCCAGAGGUUGAGUUCGCUAAAGCUCUCGAUCAUGUAGGAGAAGGGAUUAUGCAUAGACAUGUUAGACCGAGACUCUUGUGGAAGUUGCAAAAAUGUGUUGGAUUUGGACAAGAGAAGAAGUUUUCAAAAGCUGACGCCACUUUAAAUCAAGCGUGUGCAAAGUACAUAUUAGAAAAGAGAGAAGAGACAAGAUCACAAGGUUUUGAUUAUCAUUCCAACGGAUCAGAAAGUGAGGAUAUAUUGACAUACCACAUAAAGAUAGAUACAACCAAGUACGAGCUGUUGAAUCCGAGUGAUGAUAAGUUCCUCAGAGACACCAUCUUAGCUUUCGUUCUAGCAGGAAGAGAUACCACUGCUUCUGCCCUCACUUGGUUUUUCUGGCUUUUGUUGGAAAACCCUCAAGUUGUCACUAAAAUUCGCCAAGAGAUCAACACAAGUAAUGGUGGCCAAGAGAAGCCAUCUUGUGAACCUAUGGAGUACUUGAAUAACUUGGUAUAUUUACAUGGCGCGUUGUAUGAAGCAAUGAGACUCUAUCCACCGGUUCCAUUCGAGCGAAUGUCUCCUAUAAAACCAGAUGUGCUUCCAAGUGGGCACAAAGUUGACUCAAGUAUGAAGAUUUUGAUCUUUAUUUACGCGUUGGGGAGGAUGAGAGCCGUAUGGGGAGAAGAUGCAUCAGAGUUUAAGCCAGAGAGAUGGCUUUCAGAGACAACUAGCUUGAGACAUGAGCCUUCUUUCAAGUUCUUAGCAUUUAAUGCAGGUCCAAGAAGUUGCAUAGGUAAGCAACUAGCUAUGACUCUAAUGAAGAUAGUGGUCGUGGAGAUAUUACAAAACUAUGAUAUUAAGGUUGUCAAAGGGCAGAAGAAGAUUGAACCAGCUCCUGGUCCUAUUCUUCGCAUGAAACAUGGUCUUAGAGUUACACUUACUAAGAAGUGUUGA